AUGAUAAAUAUUAUUUUUAGAUUUAAUUAAAUUUCUAUUCCAUUCCAAAGAAUACAAAAAUUGUAUUACAACUUCAGCUUGAGUAAUUAAGAUGUCAGGUAAAAUAUUAAUAAAUUGAUUGAAUUAAAUGAAUAGCAACUAAAUUCAAUAAACUAAAUAGAGAAGGAAACUUUGUCUAUAUAAAUAGUGGCUAUUGAAAAUAAUUUAGAGUAAUAUUUAAAAUCAUUCUUACAACAUUAGAAGUAUUAAUGAAUUAUUUUUAUUAGAUAGCCAUACUAUUUAUUUAGAAAAAAUCUUGUUUAAUUAGCAUUUUACACUUAUUACAAUAGUAAAUUUGAUUAAUGCUAAAGAUAUAUUUCUUAUGCUACAGCUGGUGAUUAUGAGAAUAUAUAUUAAGGCGAGUUAAUGAAACAGUUAUUUCUAGCAGAAUUAUCAGGCAUUCAAUUUAGGAUUAAUUAUCGCAAUUAAGAACUAGAAUUGGCAGAAAAAUCAUUAUCUCAUUGGAAAAAUAUUAUUGAAAAUCAUUGUAAUUUUUAUAGAAUUAUCAAAAAUAACCAAAAAUUUGAAGUGAUAGAAUUUUUUGAGAACAUGGAAAAUGUCCAUCUUCAUUAAUACAUUGAAACUUUAGUAGUUGCAGGUUAAAUAUAAUAUAAUAAAGGAUUAUACACAUAAUCUGUUUCUAAAUUCGAACAAGCUGGAGAGAUAAUUUAAUCAACUCUAAAAUUUAUUGAAUUAGAAAAUAAACAGGAGAAUAACCUAAGUGCAGAUAACAAGAGUUAUCAAGAUUUUUACAUCAAUUAAUUAAGGAGGUUGCUCUCAAAAUCAUAUAUCCAAUAAAUUAAAUUAGCAAUUCUGAUGAAUGAUUUUUGCUUAGCUGAAAAAUUAUAUAAAAAGGGAAUUGAAUUUACACCUCCUAAAUACCAAGCAAUUUAAUUUGAAAUCUAGAAUUUUGAUAUUUAAUUUUAUUUGGGGCAAUUUGAUAAUGUUCUUGAAUCAAUUUAAUCAGGAAUAGAAUAGAAAAUAUCUAACCUGUAAGAAAACUUAGAAACAAAAGAUGUUUUUCUUGACUAUUAUUAAUUUAGAAUAAAAUAUAAUUUAGAUACUGAUAACUCUGAAAUACAAUUAAAGUACUUAUCAAAAAUAAAUUUUCAUAUUGAAAAGAUUAUUGAGUUAAAUCAUCAUAGCAUUUUAUAAUUGAUUUAUUAAGAAAAUUAUUUGGAUGCUCUGGUUAUUGCAAAUAAUUAAUAUCAACUAUUUAAUAAUCAUAAAUUAACUUAGCAUUAUCUUUUUUAAUUUAGUUUAGGUUAAUUAUUAUUUAUAGAAGUUAAAUUAAAUAAAAUAGAGGAGCUUAAAGCAUUAAUGAAAUAACCUGUAUUUUAAUAAUCAUCAAUUGCAGAUGUCCAUUAAUUAUAAGAAUUUUUUUAGUAUGCUUUAUAAUUUUUGCGACUCAGAAAUAAUGAAUUAAUCGAACAAGGAAUAAAUAUCCUAAAGAAUAUGAAUGCAGUAGAAUUUCAAAAUAAAAAUUUCGAAUAUUUUAAACUGUAAAUUUUAGAAUUGUUUUACAAACCAUUAAAUUUGAGGGAGAAUUUAAUUGAAAAUUUAAAAUCAUAAUUGAAAUAUUUAAAUUUCAAUUCAUAGUUCAAUUAGAAUUAGAUUGAGUAUGUGAAAUAGAAAAUAGAAAAUUUGAGUUGUUGA